UUACCCGUCGACAAAUGUGUCGAUGGUUCCGACAGACGGCUCGAGAGUAAUCACAGUAGCAGCAAAGCCGCCAUUUCGCAUCUUAUCCUGAACGUAUGCAAAAGCAUAGACACACAAAAUCGAAAGACGCAUCCAGGCGCUGCAUUAUGGUCAAGCGCCAACCAGAUCGAUGGAAGUAAUCGCCACAGAGUCACCACUUUCGCCAGUCCCAUUGAAUGUUUCAAGAAUUGGGCACGCCCUUGGGACGGGUUGCUCACAUUUGGCAUCAUCCGCAAACACGAUCACGUCCUGCACUCAAAACGCAUCAUACGGUAACGUCCUUGUGCAGUUAUGGUUCGAUUUUUGACCAUGCAUACCACAUGCAAUUCAUUGAAUUCAUCUUCGUUCACGACUUUCGCCUCCAAAAGAGAGCCACUUUGUGUACUCACAGAGAUGAGAUCUUCGUAAAGAAUAAAACCGCUGGACGGUUCACGUGAUUCGCCGAUGAUCUCGCUGCACGAAGCAAGAAAGACAGAGCACUUGUAUUUUCUAAUUGGGAUCUCUCGAAUGUUUCCCUGACCCGUCAACGGAUGCAAAGAGGCUUGCAUCAUCGUAAAGCAGCCGCGAAAGCGUGUUAGACGCAACCACAGCUGCAAGGAAGCCCUGGCUCCGCAGGUCAUCCUGAAGACACACAGAAGACACACAGAAACAGAUAAUCCUUGCAAGUGGGUGCGCGACGAGCGCUUCCUCAGUUUUGCUGGACCAGAUCGACAUAAGCAAUUUCCCGAGAGCCGCCUGCAUCGAGGGUUGCAUUGAAUCUCUCGAGGACAGGACACGGAUCUCUUUCCAUUCGUGCCGGAGGCCCUGCACCAAAGACAGCCGUCGCACAGUGCGACAGCCGCAGCGCCCCUUCCUCCGCCCUGACUUGCCUUUCUCAUUGGCAGUGUCGACGCGGCGGAGGACACCUGAGAGGUCUUUGGCGUUGCUUGACGCCGUCGGAGCACAUUCAUAUCGGCACAAUGAUGCGAUGCCCAGAAUCACGACAAGUAAGCGACAACACCACAUUUUCUAACACACUGUACGGCCACCGCCUGCCACGCAACAUAUGGACACUGUCGAAGAUGUGCAGGGUGACCACCGCUGCUCUGCUCACCCCAAACGCUACCAGACGCCCGUCAGCAGCAUGGCUCUGCAGACACACAGCACCAGAUGCAGUACGUGCUUGUGAGCACGUGUGUGUGAAAGCAUCAAAGAGAUUGAUCUGCCUCACUCUGUGAGAUUCAUCUUUGACUGCCAGCACUCACUCAAAGCGAUGAUCUGCGAAUCACAAGACAACAUGCAGCGACAUCGCUGAGCCCUCGCACCUCUUUCUCUCUCCU